AUGCAAAACAAAAGGUUUCUUCUAUCUGCUUUGUUAGCUUCUCAAACUAUCGCUACUGCAAUUGAUAGACCUUUCCAAGAGAGAGAUGUUGUCAAUGAAUGUUCCCAAAAUUGUACUACCCAUUUUACCACUGAAUGUACCACUGAUUACCACGUUGAGACUUUCUUAAGCACAUGGACUGGUUGUAAGAAAGAUAAAGAAGAGCCACAAUGUACGGUAAAAGGUGGUACUACUAUUUGUCGCCCAUGUAAUACUCUCACAAAGUCCAGUUACGUAACUGUCCGAGCAACCGCUACAAGGUGUACAGCUGAUCCUAUUUUAGUAUCAUGUUCUGAGAUUUGCCCACCACCACCACCUUCUUCUGAGGUUCCACCACCACCAUCUUCUUCUGAAGUUCCACCACCACCAUCUUCCUCAGAGAUCCCACCACCACCAUCUUCCUCUGAAGUUCCACCACCACCACCUUCCUCUGUGAUCCCACCACCACCAUCUUCCUCAAUGAUCCCACCACCACCAUCUUCUUCUGAGGUUCCACCACCACCAUCUUCAUCUGAAGUUCCACCACCACCACCUUCCUCAGUGAUCCCACCACCACCACCUUCCGUGACUCCUCCUGCUCCAAUCACUAAGACUACAGCUACCGUCAUCACCACGACAGAAACUACCACUGUAUGUGAACCAGACAAACCAUGUACACCAAUAGUCACCACACGUACAUUGACCAACAUUGAAACCUUAACAGUUACUGACACUGAAUGUACUACUAACCCACCAUACACAACUACUGUAGUUACUGAAUCUUCCACCAAGACAAAGAUCAUAUCUGAAUGUAUUACCACCGAAUGUAUCGAUGACCAUUGUGACCAUCAAACUACAUACGUCACCACUAUUACUUCAGUUGUCCCACCACCACCACCACCACCACCACAAGUUGAAACACAAGAGUGUGAAACUAUUACUUACAUUACCACUGAAGAUAACGAAAUCAAGACCAUCACCACUACAUCUACUAAAGGUGUUCAAACACAAGAUUGCGUAACAACUACUUACUUAUCUACUGAAGGUGAUAAAGUUGUUACCAUUGUCACAACUGUCCCAACUAAACCAACCAAGGAAACUGAAACUCCAGCUCCAACUCUAGCUCCAGCUCCAACUGAACCAACAAAAGAAACUCAUACCACUGUCAUUGAACAAGAAAAACCACAUCCAACAUCUGUAAUUAUUGAUAACGAACCAUCACAUACUGUUUCUGAAUUCGAAGGUUCUGCUCAUAUUAAGAGUGUCCCAUUCUUAGUCACUUUAUUAGGUUUACUUCCAUUCAUGAUUUAA